AUGCUUUUACAUGCUGUACAAUGAGCGUGACUGCUGAAUUCUCUCACUUCUCUCUGUCAGGAAGGAAAAAGUCCCUGAAGUACAGGAAAGAUUCCAUGAACCCACUGAGCCCAGGAACUUGUUCCCAGCAGCCCCCUUGGCCUCCAUGAGCAGAGGUGAUGAACCAUGGCAACGACCUGUGAAAAUGCUUGAAAUAUGGUGUUUUAACCUUCCCAAGGAUCUGAAUUUUUAUAGUAUAGCUCUGAUUUCUCUGGCCCUCAUCAGCAUUGAUCUGUUGAUGAGAUUAUGUUAGAUCAUAUUAGAUCUGUUCAGAAGGUGGAUAUGAAUCUCAACUGACGUUUCAGCAAUCUGACAUUUCCUUUCAAAAGAGCACUAACAAGGAAAAUGCUAAAUAAUCUCACAAAAAAGAAAAUUUCCAAAAAAUUUGUGUCUCAAAUAGUGUCAACAUGUGAAAGCCAAAAAUCUUCUACAGAAACAAAGGGUGGCACAGCUCACCUGGAUGAGUUGGCAAAAGUACAUUUCUGCCUUGCUUUGUCUUUCUGACUGAGGGGAACCAGCACCAACACAUUAUGAAUCCCAAAACCUGCUUUGAGCAGCUCGUAAUGUUUACAAGCGAAUAAUAACUGCAGCAAACCAGCAUGUGAUUGCUGAAGUGCUUGUACCUGCAAUAGAAUAAAUCUGUUCUGCAGGAAUAUGGGAUGAGAGUCACCCACCUCUGGCACCCAGGACAUCUCACUGCUGUUGGCUUCCUGCAUGCCAGUGCUGGUCUGCCCCCUCACCCUCCUGGUGCACUGCAGGGAAAUGGCAGGGAACAGGGCAAAGGAGCCCAGGGAUGGAGCCCUGUGUGCUCCUGCAGCCUUUGCCAGGCUGCUGCAGAGAUGCCAGCAGAUGCCUGAACACCCCAGGGCUGAGUGCACACCCCAGCCCAGCCAGGAUGUGGAGUACAGCUGGCCAUCCUGGGUGCCCCCUGUGCAUGCUGGGCUGCUGCUCUCAUUGUCAGAUUGCAUUUCACUCUUCACUCUAUCCUCUGCACCACAUGUGAGCAGGAAGAGGCUGGGACCAAGAACAAGGCCCUCACAAGUUCUCUGCUAAAACUCUGGGAUGAAGAGAACGAGAGAUGCCACAAAGCAGGGAAGAUGUUUCACCCCCAUGCAGCUGCUGUGCUGGGUGUCCAGAGAAGAGCAGAGCAGACAGAGGAGAUCAUAGCACAUCACCCUUCAUCUGUGUUUUGCUGCUCUCUGGAUCUGCGCGUCAGGCUGUGCUGUUGCCGACGUGUGGGUUGUGAUACACCUCAGGAAAAACUGGGAAGAGAUCUGCCAUUGGCUCCUUCCUGUGCAGUGUGUCAUCUGGCAGCUGUGUAUAUCACAGGGAACACAGGGACCACUCUGCUGCUGAGAAAAGCUGCUUCACUGAGUAGCCAGAGAUACUUGGAGGGGGAAAAGCAAAGUGAAAGGCAGCCCUUGCUUUUUUGUUUCUGCCAAGCUCCGAAAACUCUUGGGAAACAGAAACCUGAUGGAUUAAGGACUGUGUGGAGAACCAGUAAAGCAGAUUGCCAAGGAUAAGUUGCAGAUCUAAGAAGAACAGUGCCCAAAAAGGAAAUAUUCACUAAGAUUUCUUCCUUGGUGCAGAGAGAAAGUAUUUGGGGAUCUCUGAUAUUUCAGCCUCUGAAUCAGCUUCUCUGUGGGGGACAUAUGGGACUUAACAAGGACAGCCGACAGGGAUCCUCUGAGGUGAAGCUGACGUGUCCCCAGCACUGGCAGAAGGACCCAUUUAUCAACUCUUUUCUCUAGUUUGCAGCCAUGGGGCAGAUUUUUAAAAUGCAAGUGUGUGUGUUCCCUCCUGCAACCACUGACUUUAGCAACUGAGCUGGGUGAAGGCGCUGAUGAGCGUGUGGCUGGACCAGGGCUCCGCUGCCCCAGCCAUGAGACAGCACACCUGGUUCCCCCUGCAGUACAUGCCCAAGCCCUUCUGGAGAGCGGAGAACCACAACGCGACCAACUUCUUCUCUGCACUGUACGGCUUCCCUAACCAGUCCUUCUUCCACAGUGACUUGAACCUGGAGGACCUGGGGGACUUUGAUAGCGGAGCCAAGUAUGAGGGCGAGUCCCAGAGCCGGACAGUGAAGGCGCUGCUGAUUGUCGCCUACUCUGUGAUCAUCUGCAUCUCUCUCUUCGGCAACAUCCUGGUGUGCCACGUGGUCAUCAAGAACAAGAGGAUGCACUCUGCCACCAACCUCUUCAUCGUAAAUCUGGCCAUUGCUGACGUGAUGAUCACCACCCUGAACACCCCCUUCACACUGGUGAGGUUUGUGAGCAGCACCUGGGUUUUUGGAAAGCUGAUGUGUCACAUCAGCCGGUUUGUUCAGUACUGCUCUGUCCACGUGUCUGUGCUGACCCUUGCUGCCAUUGCACUGGACCGGCACCAGGUGAUCAUGCACCCUCUCAAGCCACGCAUGUCCAUGGUGAAAGGAGGGAUUUGCAUCAUCAUCAUCUGGGUUAUGGCCAGCUGCUUCUCGCUGCCUCACGCCAUUUAUCAGACUCUGACAAGGUUUUAUAUUGGAAACAGAACCAUCCGAAUGGUGUGCCUCCCCAGCUUCCCUCCUCCUGCUGAUCUUUUCUGGAAGUAUUUGGACCUGACUACAUUUGUUCUCUUGUAUGUUCUGCCCUUGCUUGUGAUCUCCAUCACAUACACCAUAGUGGCCAAAAAGCUCUGGCUGAGGAACGCCAUUGGGGACCUCACCAUGGAGCAAUACUAUGCCCAUCAGCGGAAGAAGAAGAUGACGCUGAAGAUGCUGAUGGUGGUGGUGGUUGUGUUUGCCGUCUGCUGGUUUCCCCUGAACUGCUACGUGGUGCUGAUCUCCUGCAGGGCCAUCCACAGCAGCAACGCUCUGUACUUCGCUUUUCACUGGUUUGCCAUGAGCAGCACCUGCUACAACCCCUUCAUCUACUGCUGGCUGAACGAGAGCUUCCGCACGGAGCUGCGCUCCCUGCUGUGCGUGUGCCAGCGCAGGAGCACAGCUCAGGGCCACGCUCUGCAGCCCAUCUCCCCACUGUUCCGGCAUGCCAAGGCUGAGAACUGCCCGUGCAAAAGAAGCAGCACGUGCCAGAAGGCACAGACACCCUCCCAGAGGAACUCUGCAAGGACAGACAUAUCCAGCGUGCAGCCAAUUGUGGCAGAAAGCUGAAGUCUUCCUCUGACAGAUGGGAAGCAUCACAUAGGGAUUGCAAAAUCAUGGGGAAAACGGGUUUGGAAAAGCCUCUGGAGACCAUCAAGUCAACCUUGUGCCCACAGCAUGAAAACUUCUGCCUUUGACUGGGUCAUUCAGGACCUUGUUCUCUCAGGUAUCAAAAUUCUCUAUGGAUGAAUUGCCCACUUGUGGGCUCCAGAAUGAGGGGUUUUAAGUGAUUUUUUUCAUUGGAACAGUCAGCAAAAAUGAAAAGAAUUAUUUAACAGCACAUGAAGCCUUUCAUCUUCUAAGCACACAUGGGGAAGCUACACUGGUUAUACACACACCAGCUGCCCACUGUGGCUUGAUGUAAAGCUGUUAGGGCUUUAACUUUGUGAAUUGAGAUUUCUUUGGCAUAAAAUCUAAAUUAUUUUCACUUUCGAUAUUAUUAUUUUUUACCAGUCCUCAAGAACUGUGUUCUUUGUGGCUUCCCUGCCAGCCUGGCAGUCCUUCCCCACUGGGGUCAGCCUGUCUCCCUGUCCUGUAGUUGUCAUGUGGGCAGCAGCAACCUUUCAACAACUAUGGAACUGGGAGUUCUGCCUUUGUCUGAGAUGGAACCAGCAUUGUGUUGGUUCCAUCACAGUGGAACAAACCAGUCCUGCAGGUUUUCAACCCAAAAGGCAGGAGAUGGAAGAAGUUUAACCUGUAACAUGUAAAGAGUCAUGUAUUCCCUGCUCAGUUAAACUGAACACCUGACAAUGUGCCACAGUGUUCUCCUCAAGCACAGGUCCUUGUGUUCCAGCUACAUCGCUGGUGGCAGGGUGCACCAGCAGCGCUGCUCCUGGUCCAAACGGUGCCUCUGGAACUCAAGAGAUAGCUGGACUCCUGGGAUGUGUGUGCCUGGCAGCUGGCACCAGCAGCUGCUGCUCUGGGGGCUCACAGCAGAGGCAGCCACCACAUUUCAGACCUGGGUUUGUGUCACUAGUGACAGAUACCCAGUGCGAGCACAUGGCCAACUUCAGCCUAUGGCUAUGAAAAUCCACCAAAGUUGUGUUUUCCUCUUUCUCAGAAAGGAUAACCAGUUUCUUUAUGCCCAUUCUGAACCAGCUCAGCCUUUGUGAUGGUAAAGGGUUGAGCUUCAAAAGACAGUGAAAAGGAACUUAGCUUCAGUCUUCCUGUGCAAAAUACUCUAAAUUACACCUCUAUAGCUGAGCAAUUCCACCCAGACUGGCAGCCUGUCACAGCUGCAGACCUGUGUGAAAGGCUGCUUAAAUCUGGAAAUCAAGAUGCUUUGAUGAGUACAAAAAUAUGUGACCUGAGAAUGUACUUGUACUUCAAAAAGAAACUGUGAGGGGGAAGAAAGAGUAAGAGCAACACUAAUCUUGCUUUUUCCUAAGUUAUUGUGGGAAGAAGGAGGACAACAGCAUUUGGGACAUGGACAGGGGCAGGGGCCUGGCAUGGCUUGGGACACUGCAAAUCCCAGUGGCAUUGACAGUACCAAGGCUUCAGGUCUGUGCUCCCAUUUGAGGCACAGUGAUCUCUUUUUCUUCACAUCUGCAGGAAAUACUCUGCAGAGGAUAUGCUAUGGGGAGGAAAUGGAAUUAGAAACAUCUCUUCAGAGAGCAAAUACUCAAGGCUCAGGUAUCAGCUCUGACCAGGUGAGCCUUCAAUUUGGUUCCACUGGAGUGGAGUCCUCCCUGGAGCUGGCACCACAGAGGCAGUACCAAAACCUUUAAUUCUGUGUUACAAGUAAAUUACAGCAUAAACCAGACAUUACUCCUAAGCUGGCUGUUUUACUGUCCGGAAAACUGGGAAUCCAUGACACUGAAAAUGGCAUUUCCCUACUAUUACUGUCUGGAGGUUUCUAUAAACAAGAUGUCUCUUCUUAAAAAAACAAACCAAUCACAAAUGCAAACAAACAUUGUUACUGUAACUUAAUAAAACUUAUUCUCAUUCAAAUGCUCUUCUCUUUACGUUGAAAAAAUCAAUGAGAUUAAAUAACACCAUUUGCAUGUAUUUCCCAACUCACUCCCAGAGAACUGUCAAACUCCUUACUCUGGGCUAAAUGAAUCAGUCUGUUUUUGCCUCGCAUCCUUCAGCAUGCUGGCUCAGCAUCCCUCAGCCUUGUGUGAAUGGAUGGAUGGUGCAGACCAAGGUCAAACCCACAGGCUGCCCGUCUGACCAUGGCAGCAGGCAGACAUCCCUCACCUGGCAACCGCUCUCCAAGGGACAGUUUGCUCCCAGAUGAAAAGCUGACAUUGUUUCCUCACAGCACAUCCCAUGCUGAUCCUUGUGCAGCAGCGCUUUCCUCAGUAGGGGCCUGCAGUCUGGCAGUGUUGAGCUGCCUUAACAAACAUUGUUUCUUUGAGGUGAUUGUUUUUGUAAAAGUCUGGCAAACUUCCUCCUGAUUACACACAACCUCUCACUGGAUGCUCUUGCUUUAAUACGCUCUCUGUUAAAAUAUCUGUGUGGUUGUAAUUUAGUGAGAUUUGAUCCACCAAUGUUCUUUGGGGGCUAACAGUCAAAUAAAAUACUGGUUCAGUACCCUCUCUCUCCUCUGGGUUUUGUGUAACUUUGGAGUUAUGAAAAGGAGAUGAUAUUCCCUCUUACAAGAGGAUUAGCAAGAAAGCAUAGACUGCUUCAUGACCAAAGCUUUUGUCUCCAUGUGCUUUGACUUCUUUCAGCAUGAAAAGCCCUUUGCACAAAGAAGUGCUGUGGUUACCCAGGUGGAGAGUCAGCCAUGGAUAUGCCCUGACUGCAAAUGCUGUUUCAUUGUCAUGUGCUUCCCUGCAGCUUGUGCAGUCAAUGGCUGGUCCCAGCAGCACUGUUUGCCUGGCACCUUGGUGCAGGCAGGAGCAUGGGAUACUUAGAGGUCUCCUUGAAUUUAAUUGUUAUUCUCCAAUAAACACUUCCAUGAAGGAAA